ACGAUCAGCAUGUCACGAGGCGGUGUCACUGUCAGGCGCGGGCACGGUGUUAGGCUGUCUCCUGUCAAUCCCUGCAGCCACUGGGCGCUUGUUUUUGGCUACUGUGCGGUAUUUAACUUCAGCACCUCCAAACUCGUCCUGCUCGCUUUUCAUCUUUUGGAGGGGCAGCAAAGCGUACACUUCAAGGCCCAACAUGCCGCAGAAAUUGAAGUUUUUGGAGCCGAAGGGGACUGCGCCCCUGUCUUCCCCGCAGUACUCUCCCUACUCUCCGCCGUACUCCGCACGUUUCCGCCAUUCAAUCCAUCAAAUACCGACGCCUGGGGAAGAAGCAAUCCGGCCGAAACGCUAUGAACCUUGGAUCAUUAACCUAUGGGUGGUUGGAGGCGUUACUGGCGUGAUGUUUGCCCUAGCCGUUACGCUGGAGAUUAUGCUUUACUUUUCCAAUAGAGACAAUGGUUUCUACGUGCCUCCAAACAACCCAUUCAAGUUUGCAUCCACCCAGUUCCUCUCUUCCUUUUUUCCGACACUCUUGGUGGCUCCCCUUGCAUUUUAUUGGACAGUGGCAGACUCGAUGGUGAGGUGGUACCAGCCUUACAUCAUCCUAUCUGGAGGAAAUGCGUCCGCUACUAACAGCAUACUGCUGGACUAUGUGAGCCGGCUGAUGAUUCUAUGGACGGCUUUCAAGCACCGGCAUUGGCUCAUCUACGCGUCCACCCUUCUGAGCUCCAUCGUUGUUUUCCUUCAGCCGCUCGCGGGAUCCGUCUUCACCGUAAAACAGGUGCCCCACAGCGUUCCCGUCAAUGCGACGAGCAUACGUCAGAUUGGAUUGUUGUGGGAUUUACCUCAGCUAUACGCUUAUGUUUCAUCGUCUGGGUACGCAGAUGCUGCCGUGUACAACAAUCUCACAGAUCCUCCGUUUGUCCACGGGGGUUGGACAGCUGCAGAGUUCGCGUGGUCUUCCUAUGAAGUCAUCAACGCUACUUUGACCGUGAAUACGACUGGCGUGGAAACCUCGGUCAAUUGCAUGCCUGCAACAAGCGUGUCCCUUGAUUCUCCUUCGUCUGGAUUGUCAACCUUGACGGCGUCAAUGGACGGCUGCUCCGGCCCGACCGCAGUCUCUUUCAAUGCUUCGAAUGCUUCGAACCAGUAUGGUAGCGUAAACGCCUCGGCGUGCGUGUCUUCAGGCGAAGCAUUGGACAUCAACUUCCAGCCCAUCAUGUUCUGGUGGUAUUACCCAUACCAGCCUAGCCCACUCACCGCUGCCGUGUUUUGUCACCCUACGAUGGAGUUUCACAACAUUCAGGCCGUACGAGAUCUAAACGAUGGAUCUCUCCAAUCUGUUCAGAUACUGAGUCCGUACUCGGGCUCCGAUAACGUGACUGGAGCACCACUGUAUGGGCGACCAUGGAACGGGGUGGUGUUUGAUCCGAGCGAUGAUGCUAUCGUGAACGCCCGUGCAACAUCCAUUGGCACUGGAAUCCCCGGUACAGUCUUUCGGUAUGGAAUCCAGCUGAACGAUGGCGUCGUGUCUCUGUUCCAAGGCGCGAACGGUGGUUUUGCCAACGUCACGACAGGCAUAUACACUCAGCACCUCGCGUUGGCGGCGAAAGCAACCUACUUCAUCAAAGAACCGACUACUGUGCCCGGGCAGCUCACUUCAUUCGUCUCUCGACUCUUUAUCGAAUCGUUCGCCUCCCACACGCUUGUCGCGUUCCUUCUCGCGAUUGGGUUUAUUGGCUUAUGGCUGCACUGGAUGCAUGCACGUGCUCGAAGCCAGCUCCACCUCACCGCACCUCCGGGUUCGAUUGCCGCCACCGCGGCGCUGACUUCUCGGUCUGGCUUCGGCGAACUCCUCGUUCCAUAUGACGACGAAAAGCGGAUGGAGGAGAAACUCACUGGCCUACGAUUCGGGAUCGAUGACAGGACAGGAGCAAUAGUGGCCGUCGAGAGCGAUAUAGCCCUUGACUAUCAACUCCACGGCCAGAUCCCCGAGGGCAUCACGCUUCUCGGGCGUCAUAGCCCGCCGAUGUCCGGCGAGAUGGGAAUUGGGUUGACGCCUUCGACUUCGCCGAUGUACGGGUCGUUCAGAAAAGCACAAGAGGCGACCUGA